AUGUGUCUGCACCCCUCCCCCAUACUGGCGGGGGUCAACCAGAUAGACAUGCUGCAGCCUUCAAAUAGCUACAUGAGCAUCAACAUGGAGGAUGUCAUAGAGAGUCAGGCUGUGAACGAUGAUUAUAGGAAUUCCGGCUACAGCCGAGGACACGUCAACCCAAGUGGGCACCACAGCUCAGAUUCCCAGCUCUCCACCUUCACCUACACCAACAUGGCGCCCCAAGACUCCACCUUCAACAGCGGAACCUGGAACCAAUACGAGACCUUCCUACGAGACAAGAUCAUGUCCACAUGCAGCCAGACGCACGUCCUCAGCGGCGUCAUCGUCUCCGGAUUCAGUCCGUCCAAAGGCAAGUGGCUGCGGAACCGCGUCAAUGUGCCGGACUUUUACUGGAGUGCGUUUUGCUGUGUACGGCAAGACGGUACCAAGAUGGCGGAGGGGAGGUUGGGCCGCAAUGUCUCCCCGUAUGAUGUGGUGACCAAAACCAUCCCAGAGCUCCAAAACAUCCUGAAGAACACAUAUGGAGAGGCCGUGACACUGUUCCAAGAUGGCUGCCAGUGA